AAGUGAUUGGAUCGGAUUGAUUUUCGCCUCAAAACCGAACCAAUCUAGACCGGAAACAGGGGCGGAGCCACCGUCCGGCAAGGCUGGGCACAUGCCCAGGCUCCUUGCCAAAUUUUUUUUUUUACUUCGGCUGCAGACCCUUUUGUGAGAAAAAAUAAGGUAUCAGAUGGGCAAAAAAAAAAGAUCAGUGAGGGAAGGCUGAAGCACAUCUGACUGCACGCGUUUUUCCUCUCACCGCCUCACGCACACCUUGUCUGAAACUGAAAACCCUAAACCAAAGAGAACAAGGGAACCAAAGAGGCAGUGCAUCUUAUUGCCAGCGAUUUUACCGUUUUGGGUCUGUUUGAGGCUAUGGGAAAGGGGUCCUUGCCUUAAUCUUUAAUUUCUGGUUUGAUGUUUUGGGAAAAGGGUUGUUGCCUGUGUCUCUCUCUAGUUCUGUGUGUGGGCUGACUGUGACAAAUGGGACGCUUUGUGGCUGUCAAUUUUGGUGCCUACAAUCCAAGGUGUUUUUUGCUUUAUUCACUUUUAUUUUCCUCAGAGUUUAGUGGGAUAUAAUCAAUCAGUAAGCAAAACUACCAAAUGGUUUUUUUUUUACAGCAAAAUUACCAAAUGGUACAAUACAAUCCUUUCAUGUAUGUGAUUGUCAAUGUUAAUGUUGGUGAAUAUCUCUCUGUAUCUUCAUUGUACUAAUUUUAUGUACUACUGAAUAGUUCUACACUUCUAUGUACUACCAUUUUGCAUAUUGAUUUGGAAUGUAAUAGGGGAUUAGUCCUAAUUUAUCUCAUGAUAACCAACCAAAUAUCUUUUUGCUGGUUUGUAAUAUAAUGAGAUCAGGGGUCAAUUUCGUGGCUUGGUUUGUUGGAUUAAUUUAAGUCUAUAACAUCAAAUUAUAUCUUGGUGAGUUGGUUCACUUGAAUUGGAAACCUGCAGGGGAUUUUUUGGUCUAGUUGACGAUAAGAGGUUAAGUUUUGAGGCUACUUAGAUUGGUGGCGCUUUCUACUUCGUUCAUGUUUUCUCUUUGUACCUGUGGUUCUGAUGUAUUCAGCUACUAUUGCAUUUUCCCUUUUCUUUGCUAUUCAUCUACUUGGUUUAAGGGUUAGAGUACCCCUUGUACUCCCUUUAAUGCAUUGUUUUAGCUUAUAAAAAAUGUUAUCAUGUAUGUACUAGUUCUGUUUUCAAUGUAGCUAUAUUUUUGUUGGCAAAAUGACAAGUUUCGUUUAUUUCAGUUUAUAACUAUUUAUAUAUUGUGUCACAUGUGAAUUUGUGCUUUUAAAGUUUGCCCAGGCUUCAGAAAAAUCCUGGCUCCGCCACUUACUUGAAACACCCCUACUCAAUACUCUUAAAAAUAUUGUACUUAACUAACUUUUUCAAAACUGAAAAUGACCCAUUCCUUAAAAAAAAAAUUGACCAAACUUACACAAUCAAUACUUUUUAUGAUGCAUAAAUUUCCACUAAGAAGUCAUAACGUCAGCCAUAAUUGCAAUCUGACAAAAACAAGAGUUAUAGUGUCCCACAAAACAACGUUAAAAAGGGGAGUGAGUGAGUGUUAGUGAGUGAGUGAGUGAGUGAGGUAGCUUCUAUCUGUUCUCUGAACCUGUAACAUCCAUGGCUCCUCUGAAUGCAGCUCUCACAUAUUCAUCCCCAGCUAUUGCUCCUGCUCGACAUGCAAGAGAGCAACUAUUUCAGCACCAGUUCUGCAAAACAAAUUCUUUGUCAUCCAAUGAGUUGGGGCCAAGAACAAGUGUUGUUGGUGCCAGGAAAACUCAAGUUAUAAAAGCAGUGCUGCAAGAUAUACAAAUUCCUGAAACCAAGAAUGUUACCGGCUUACGCGGGAAAUUGAAUAAGGUUGUGCUGGCUUACAGUGGUGGCUUAGACACAUCAGUGGUUGUCCCCUGGCUGAGAGAGAACUACGGUUGUGAUGUUGUUUGCUUCACUGCUGAUCUUGGACAAGGUGCACAAGAAUUGGAAGGUUUAGAAGAGAAGGCCAAAGCUAGUGGAGCCUCCCACUUAGUUGUGAAGGAUUUGAAGGAGGAAUUUGUUAGAGACUAUGUAUUCCCUUGCCUGCGUGCUGGUGCACUUUAUGAGAGGAAAUACUUGCUUGGAACGGCAAUAGCCCGCCCUGUGAUUGCAAAGGCCAUGGUGGAUAUUGCCAAAGAAGUUGGAGCUGAUGCUGUUUCCCAUGGUUGCAUAGGGAAAGGAAAUGAUCAGGUUCGGUUUGAGCUCUCUUUCUUUGCUCUGAAUCCCAAGUUAAAUGUUGUGGCUCCAUGGAGGGAGUGGGAUAUUACAGGGAGAGAAGAUGCUAUAGAGUAUGCUAAGAAGCAUAAUGUACCUGUUCCUGUUACCAAGAAAUCCAUAUACAGCAGGGACAGGAACCUUUGGCACAUAACCCAUGAGGGCGAUGAUUUAGAAGACCCAGCAAAUGAACCAAAAAAGGAUAUGUACAUGAUAACUGUAGACCCAGAGGAUGCUCCCAAUGAACCAGAAUACGUGGAAAUCGGGAUAGAGAAUGGUGUUCCUGUAUCGGUGAACGGGAAGAAGCUUUCACCAGGAAACUUGGUUGCCAAGCUGAAUGAGAUCGCCGGAAGGCACGGAAUCGGCCGAGUCGACCUUGUUGAAGACAGGAUUGUAGGCAUGAAGAGCCGUGGAGUUUAUGAAACCCCUGGUGGCACCAUCCUCUUCGAUGCAGUGAGGGACUUGGAGUGCUUAACACUUGACAGAGAAACACUUCAGCUGAAAGACACAUUGGCCCUCAAAUAUGCAGAGUUAGUGUAUGCUGGGAGGUGGUUCGAUCCGCUCCGCGAGUCCUUGGACGCCUUCAUGCAGAAGAUCACCGAAACCACAACAGGCUCAGUGACUUUGAAGCUGUACAAAGGUUCUGCUGCUGUGACUGGUAGGAAGAGCCCUUACAGUCUUUACAGAGAAGACAUUUCUUCAUUUGAUACUGGGGAUUUAUACAAUCAUGCUGACGCUGUUGGCUUUAUCAAGCUUUAUGGUCUUCCAAUGAGGAUUAGAGCAAUGAUGCAACAAGGCCUCUAGAUGGUGCUUGGUUUCAUUAUGUGCUUUGUUUUAGACUAUGCUUUCCAUGCACUUUGAUUUAUGUUUGUGGGAACCUUUGCUUUUUCAGUGAAUAAAUGUGAAGAUAAGUGGAAUAUUGUUGGGGAUGCAAUUCAGAAAUCUGAAUAAAACUGUUUUCAUUUAUGGUGUAA